AUGAAUCCAUCAGUUGAUCUUGUAUUGAACUGGGACCCUCGAGAAGCCGUGCGGAUUAGUCGUAUUUUGACUCUCCCUCAGUUUGAGUUUGGCGAUGCAUUACUUGGCAAUUGUGAUACACAUAUGUACGGAGAAAUAUUCAGUUGCAUCAAUGCGUCAUUCGUGCUGAACCGGAGGAGUGGCUAUUUCAUCAUCAACAUAUACAUCCCUACAGUACUUAUAGUAUCUAUGUCGAUGCUCACAUUCUGGAUUCCUCCUGAAGCAGUUCCAGCUCGGAUAACACUUGGUGUGACUUCUUUGCUGACAAUAAUCACUAAGCAAUAUCAAUCAAAUAUGCCUAAUGUAUCUUACGUUGUAGCUUUAAAUAUUUGGUUAUCUUGUUGCAUUGCAUUUGUGUUCUGUAGUCUUCUGGAGUACGCACUUGUCAUUACGUUAGUAAAGAGGAAACAAAUGGAAGUAAAACCCGUAAUUCACCAUCAGACGAACAAAGAAGUGGGCUGUGGCGGCAGUGAAAGAAAAUCUCAAAUAAGUGCCUGGAUUGGAAAUCAUUGCCAGAUAUUUAAGGAUUCUCCUCAUUUAAUCGAUAUGGGAUCUAAGUUCUUGUUCCCUAUUGCAUUUAUUAUAUUUUGCAUAGCAUAUGGAGGUCGAUAUAGCAUGUAGUUUACAUUCAUAUACAAUUCAUGAUUUUUUAACUAUAAAUAAAGAGUGAGGUAGUUAUUCGUUAAAGUUGG